AUGGCCUCAAUGACCAACAUUUUGAAGAACAUGAAUAUGGGAGGAAGUGUACAACCAACCGCUACCAUUCAAAGGGCAGAAAUUUCUUGUGUGUAUUGUGGUGAUGGGCAUACUUUUGAAAAUUGCCCUUCAAAUCCAGCUUCGGUUUGCUAUGUGGGUAAUCAAAACUUCAACCGCAACAACAAUCCAUACUCAAACUCCUACAAUCCGGCAUGGAAGCAUCAUCCAAACUUUUCAUGGGGAGGUCAAGGGGCAAGUUCAAGUGGAGCACAAGCACAAGGAAAACAAUCAUUUUCACCGGGAUUUUCUCAACAACCAAGACCUCAACAACCACACCAACCUCAAGGCUCUCAAACAAGUUCUUUGGAGAGUUUAAUGAGAGAUUAUAUGGCCAAGAAUGACGCUGUAAUUCAAAGCCAGGCAGCAUCUCUUCGGAGUCUUGAAAUUCAAUUGAGGCAAUUGGCCAAUGAUUUGAAGAAUAGACCACAAGGCACUUUGCCUAGUGAGACUGAAAACCCAAGAAGAGAUGGCAAAGAACAUUGCAAAACGAUAACCUUAAGAAGUGGAAAAAUAAUCGAGUCAAAUGUGGCUGCAACAGGCAGUAAGGAGCCUUCUUCAAUCCAAAAAGAGGGGGAAAUGAAGAAAAAACCAGCAAUUUCAGCUGCUGAAAUUCCCCUAGUAGUUACAACAUCCAGUCAGCAUUCUGCUGCAGAAAAGUCUUUGCAAAAGCCACCUCCACCAUUUCCUCAACGGUUCAAGAAGCAACAAGACGAUGGUCAAUUCCGGAGAUUUCUUGAUGUUCUAAAGCAGCUCCACAUCAAUAUACCAUUAGUGGAAGCUUUGGAGCAAAUGCCAACUUAUGUGAAAUUUUUGAAGGAUAUUUUGACAAAGAAAAGGAGGCUUAGCGAAUUUGAAACGGUUGCUUUGACAGACGGUUGUAGUGCUAUGUUGAAAAGUACAAUCCCACCCAAAUUGAAAGAUCCGGGCAGCUUUACAAUUCCAAUUUCUAUUGGGGGUCGAGAGGUUGGAAGAGCUCUUUGUAACUUGGGAGCUAGCAUUAAUCUCAUGCCUAUGUCCAUUUUUAGGAAGUUGAGAAUUGGAGAAGCAAGGCCAACCACCAUCACUUUGCAAUUAGUGGAUCGUUCAAUGGCGCAUCCGGAUUGGAAGAUUGAAGAUGUGUUGGUGCAAGUGGAUAAGUUUAUUUUUCCGGCGGAUUUCAAUAUCCUUGACUAUGAGGCCGAUAGAGAAGUCCCUAUUAUUUUGGGAAGGCCAUUCCUCGCCACCGGAAGAACUUUGAUUGAUGUACAAAAUGGAGAACUCACUAUGAGGGUGAAUGAUCAAAAAGUCACUUUCAAUGUCUUCAAUGCUAUGAGAUUCCCGGAUGAAAUUGAAGAAUGUUCGCGUUUGAGUGUAAUUGAUUCCAUUAUGGCUGAAAGUUUUCACAAGAAAGUGUGGAAGGAUGAAAGGGUGAUAAGUUCUCUUGAAGAUCUUGAAGCCUUGAGUGAAGACGAAGAAACCCAAGUUUCUUAG